AUGGCGGCGAUUAGCGAUAAGUUGGGCCGCAGUACAUCAUCCGAAGUGCUGAAAGUGGUGAAGUGCGCUGCUGCUGCUGCUACUGCUACUGGCUGCUGUGUGUGGAACUGUGAAGGUUCCGUUGAUACGGAGGUGCAGUGCGAAUGCCGCACACGUAAACGGGGUGAAAACUUGGUGCCGUGCGUGCUCCGUCUCUCUCUUCUGUCGACAAGAAAAACUCGCUAUUCGCUAUUCGACCUCGUCCUCGUCGUCCUUUCGGUGUAUUAUGCCAUGGCUGUACUUAGAUCUGCUGCUGGUAAGGCUCACCGACUUCCACUAGGCGCUGGAGUGAAGAUGGAGCAUUUCCAGGCGGCGCUCGACCCCCGGAAACAGGAGCUCCUAGAGGCGCGAUUUCUCGGGGCUAGGGUGAGUGUCCCCAUUGUCCCCAUAGAAACAAAAGAACCUAUUACCACUGUAAUUGCCACCCAAGUUGCCACCCAUGAUCUACAUUACAACGAUGUGAACGGCAACGCGCUCAAACGCGGAAUGAAAAUGAAUCAAGUUGGCAUCGGCGAACCGAACGCAACCGUCUCGCCGAUUAUUUUUGGGGAGGCGGUGUUGCCGGGUCGAGCGUUCGCUCGAGAUCGGUGCAUUAUGCCGGAUCUCCGGUUGACUGAAGCUAUUGACGUUUCCAUUGGUAGAUUUACGCGAGUUUUUGUAAACGAGCCAAUGGGAUCGGAUGUAGCUAACGUCGUCGCAGCGGAUGAUUCAUGCGAAAGAGCCAUAAGAGGUGUUACUCGGUUGGAAUAUGGUUUUUAG